GGGUGAGUGGUUGAGGGGCGUGAUGGGGGAGGCGGCCGUGGCCGCGGGGCCUUGUCCGCUGCGGGAGGAUAGCUUCACGCGCUUCUCGUCGCAGAGCAAUGUGUACGGGCUGGCGGGCGGCGCGGGCGGGCGCGGAGAGCUGCUGGCCGCCACCCUUAAAGGCAAGGUGCUGGGCUUCCGCUACCAAGACCUCCGACAGAAAAUCCGGCCUGUGGCCAAGGAGCUGCAAUUCAACUACAUUCCCGUGGAUGCAGAGAUUGUCUCCAUUGACACCUUCAACAAGUCACCCCCAAAGCGGGGCCUGGUUGUGGGGAUCACGUUCAUCAAGGAUUCAGGGGACAAGGGCAGCCCCUUCCUUAACAUUUACUGCGACUAUGAGCCUGGCUCUGAGUACAACCUUGACUCCAUUGCCCAGAGCUGCCUGAACCUGGAGCUCCAGUUCACUCCUUUCCAGCUGUGCCAUGCAGAGGUCCAGGUCGGGAAUCACCUGGAGACAGUGUUUCUCCUGAGUGGGAAUGACCCAGCCAUUCAUCUGUACAAGGAGAAUGAGGGUCUGCAUCAGUUUGAAGAACAGCCGGUGGAAAACCUCUUCCCAGAACUCACGAACCUGACCAGCAGUGUCCUCUGGCUUGAUGUCCACAACCUCCCCGGCACAUCCCGGCGACUCUCCGCUCUUGGCUGCCAGAGUGGUUAUGUCCGAGUUGCUCACGUGGACCAGCGAAGCCAAGAGGUUCUGCAGACAUGGACAAUCCUGCAGGACGGCCCCAUUUCCCGCGUGAUCGUGUUCAGCCUCUCGGCGCCCGAGGAGACCAAGGACCGGCCACCACAACAGGAGGAGUACAGCGUGCUCGUGGCCAGUAUGUUAGAGCCAGCCGUGGUGUACCGGGACCUGCUUAGCCGGGGCCUUGAGGACCAGCUUCUCCUGCCUGGCAGUGACCAGUUUGACAGCGUCCUCUGUGGCCUGGUCACCGAUAUAGAUUUGGAUGGGCGACCUGAAGUCCUGGUGGCCACCUACGGACAGGAGCUGCUCUGUUACAAGUACUUUGGCCCAGAGUCUGGGCUGCCUGAGGCCGAGCGUGGAUUCCGCUUGCUGUGGCAGCGGGGCUUCUCCAGCCCGCUGCUGGCCAUGGCACACGUGGACCUGACCGGGGACGGGCUGCAGGAGCUCGCCGUGGUCUCCCUGAAGGGUGUGCACAUCCUGCAGCACAGCCUGGUCCAGGCCUCGGAGCUGGUCCUGACCCGGCUUCGGCAUCAAGUGGAACAGAGGAAACAUCAGUCCCAGAGGCCUGGGGACAGGGCAGGUCCAGGGCCUGCUGAGACCUCGGCCUCCUGAGCUCCCACCCACUGCCUGCCCCAGACCCAGGGACAGUUCACUGGAGAAAUCGCCUCUAGCCAUUCAUGGUGGAGAAGCAUCCUGAAGGAGGGAUGGUCUCCCCAGAGCCCCCCCAGGGCAGUGGAGCUGUGAGUUCCUGCUCUGCCUCUGCCCCACCGUGCCGUGCAACCCUGGCUGACACACUCCUGUCUCUGUACCUCAGUGUCCCCAUUUGAAAGUGGGAUGAUCACACCUGACUCCCCCCUUCUGUCCCCAGUGAGAAUUGGUCAGCCAACGAUUAUUUAUAUGUCCAGAGGAAGCCGACUUCGAGUUGCCUUCAUUCUUUUGUUCUGGGAGGUGAUUGAUGUGUGCCUCCUAUGUGCCAGGCUCUGUGCUGGGUGCUGGAUUCACCCAGAAGAAUGGAGGGAGGGGCAUAUGGGGAGAGAAAAUCCAAGGUUAGACCUAGAAGCAGGACUAAGGUGAGAUCGUAGUGUAGACCUCAGAAGACAGAAGUGAGGUUAGAAAUGAGGCCCUGGCAUAAAAGUUGAAUUAAAACCAAUGUGGAAAAAAAUAAAUAAAUAAAACCAACGUGGAAGAGAUUGUAGAAACCAAAGAAAAGGACUGAGGCUAGACCCCAGUGGGGCCCUCUGGAUCUGAGGAUAGACCCCUGUGGGGCCCUCUGGAUCUGAGGAUAGAACCCAGUGGAGAAAACACAGAAAUUAAACCUCAGAGGAAAGGAUACAGUUGGGAAGGACUGCCAUGGGAAGCUGUGGUCAAAUUGUAGCAGAGGGAUUGAGGCUAGACACCUCCCUCCAUGAAUAAUGCUGAGAUUGGACCCCCGACAAAUUACUGUGGUUAGACCUUGUGCCAAGGGCCAAGGCUGGACCCCACCAGGAAGCAGCUGAGUUUAGAUACCAGUGGGGCAUACUGAGAUGAGACCCAGGAGGGAAAGACCCAGGGUGUGCCAUGCUAGAAAGGACUAAGGUUAGACCUGAUUGAAAAACCCAGGGGAUCCAGGGACCAAGAAGUUUGAGACAGGGCUGAUUUCCCUGGCCCUGAGCUGUGCUGGGCUCCCUUGUCAUCUCCUAGAACCUGGGCCCAAGCGUGGGAAAUUGCCUGGAGCUGAAUCACCUCUCCCUGACAGCCCGCCCAAGGGUGUCCAGCCUGGACUAGUGGUGGGCAUGGACGGUCGAUGCAAGCAGGGUCUCCUCUCUCCUGCUGCCCGCCUGCUGAGGUGGAGAGCUACACUGCCUCCUGGCCCCAGGUGGGAGUGGGACUCCAGCGUGGGAUUUAUUUUUUUUUAAAGAUUUUAUUUAUUUAUUCAUAGACACAGAGAGAGAGAGAGGCAGAGACACAGGGAGAGGGAGAAGCAGGCUCCAUGCAGGGAGCCCGAUGUGGGACUUGAUCCCGGGUCUCCAGAAUCACACCCCAGGCUGCAGGCGGCGCCAAACCGCUGCGCCACCAGGGCUGCCCUCCAGCGUGGGAUUUAGGUGAGUUUAGAUGGUGUGGGUCUGUGAAGUAUGUGCUCGUGGGCGUGUAUGGGCACCUGCGUGGACACUUCAGGGCUCAGGAUUUUGUAUCUUGAGGACUCCAGCCACUCACCUGGCCUUUUGCGGUUCGCUGCCUGACCUCUUGCUCCUCAGUCUGGGACAGCACGUAGUGUAGUGGUUAAUGGUGCAGAGCCUGAAGCCAUACUUGGCCCCUCUGUGCCUCAGUUUCCCCAGCUGUAAAAUGGGGCUAAUAGCAUUUACAUCACAGGCUUAUUAGGAGGGCUUAGCUGUGUCAACCCAUGUCAGUCACUUCCAAAAAAAAUCAUAACCCCGCCUGGCCCAUGGCAAGAGCCUAUGAAUGGCAACAGUUGUUACUAUUACUAACGGGUGACUUUGUGGUUGUUUCUGGCUUGCUUUGCAAGGUUAUGUCUGUCGGCACAGCAUGUGAAUUUGGAUCUGACUCUGAUUAAACAUUCUUGCCCUCCCCCCCCCA